AUGGACGAGUUUGAUAAGGAUGUGGACAAAGAGUUGCAAUUUAGUCCUAAAUCAACAAAGGGGAUAAAAGUUCACCGUACAUUUGAAAGUAUGAAACUAAAACCCGAACUUUUGAAAGGUAUUUACUCGUAUGGCUUUGAAGCCCCAUCGGCGAUCCAGUCGAGAGCAAUUAUGCAAAUAAUCGCGGGACGCGAUACUAUUGCUCAAGCGCAAUCAGGAACGGGUAAAACAGCUACGUUCUCGAUUGGAAUGUUGGAAGCGAUCGAUUCAAAAUCAAAAGAUUGUCAAGCGUUAAUACUAUCUCCUACCAGAGAAUUGGCGAUUCAAAUUCAAAAUGUUGUACAGCAUCUUGGAGAUUAUAUGAAUGUUCAUACAUACGCUUGCGUUGGAGGUAAAAAUGUGGGAAUGGAUAUUAAGAAGCUACAGCACGGUCAACAAAUCGUCAGUGGAACUCCGGGUAGAGUAUUGGAUGUAAUCAGGCGAAGAAAUCUUUCUACAAGACAUAUCAAGAUUUUGAUUUUAGACGAGGCGGAUGAACUAUUCACAAAAGGUUUUAAAGAACAAAUUUACGAAAUUUACAAGCAACUUCCGUCUGAUACCCAAGUCGUGGUUGUCAGUGCUACUCUACCACCUGAAGUUUUGGAAAUGACAAGCAAAUUCACCACUGACCCGGUAAAAAUCUUGGUCAAGCGAGAUGACGUAUCUCUAGUGGGAAUAAAACAAUACUACGUACAAUGUGAACAAGAAGACUGGAAGUUUGAUACCUUGUGUGAUCUUUAUGAUAACUUAACAAUUACGCAAGCGGUAAUAUUUUGUAAUACUAAAAUGAAGGUCAACUGGUUAACAGAUCAAAUGAGAAAACAAAACUUCGUAGUGCUGUCAAUGCACGGGGACAUGAAACAAGAUGAACGAGACUCGAUUAUGAGUGAUUUUAGAACAGGCAAUUCACGAGUUUUGAUUUCCACCGAUGUCUGGGCAAGAGGUAUCGAUGUGCAGCAAAUCUCUUUGGUUAUAAACUACGACUUACCAAACGACAAGGAAAAUUACAUCCACAGAAUAGGUCGAUCGGGAAGAUUUGGUAGGAAAGGAACUGCGAUUAACUUGAUAACUAAAAGUGAUCUUUCAACCAUGAGAGAUAUUGAAAGCUAUUACUCAACGAGAAUUAGAGAGAUGCCUAUGAACAUCAAUGAUAUCAUGUAA